UCAUCUUCCCCGGUUUUUUGGCAUUUCUAAUUCCAUCACUUCAAACUUUCCUCGACUGCUCAUUUGCCACUCUCUGCUCCUCACUCUAACCCUAACUACUCUAAACCCACACACGUUCCACUGAAUCAUCGCUGCUAUCCAUUCCAAAUCUUUGAGGAAAAGGAUAAGUUUUAUGGUGGAAUGUCAUUGUACGAGAAUACUCUCCCGUUGGAGGACACAGUCGCCCUCGACAGCCCCAUUAGAGAAUACGGGCUGCAGAGUAUUGAUAUGAACACUCAGGUUUCGGAUGGAUGUGAAUCAGCUCAACAAUUGGGUGUUCAGAUGAAUGAUUCCUUUGAGAAAGGCAUAGUGCUUGAUAGUGAUGAUGAAGGGGAGAAUCGAUAUGAGGCUGGAAGUUCAGCGAAUGAGUGCUGUGGUGCAACUGGAAGGCUUUCUGGCAGGGGUGGUGGUAUAGUACUGCUGAGACGACAGCAGGCUCCAGCAGAUUAUUUCCGGAGGCUUAACAAGGUUAAGAAGCAUGUGUUAGGUCGUCUUGAUUCAGAUAUAAGUGGAAGGAGUGAUGAAGAAACUGCUGCUGAGAGGAUUGGUCCCGGUAAUGAUUAUAGAUUUCAAGAACAUCAUGUGGCUGUGGAGAGGGUCUUCGCCAGUUCAUCAGAGCAAAAGCUAGUUCCAAUGAAACCAGUAAAUACAGAGGAAAAAUUACUCAAGGUAACGUUGUCCCCAAAAGAGUCCAAGUACAUGGAUGUGGGGAAGGAUACAAAUUAUGACAGUAAGCGCGCGGAGUUGAAUGCAUCUUCACAAGUUUCAGAGUCACGAGAUAAGGCCCUGCGGUUUGUAGAAAACUACCUUUCAGUUUGUGAUUUGGGCUCACAGAAACACAUCCCAAGUAGAAAGACAGACAUGAUUAAAUCACCUCCUUGUUUGAGAGUAAAAGGUGCUCAAAGCUUGGCUAGGAGACUAACUCUUGAAUCAACUGCUAGCAAGUUAGCAACUUUUGACUGGGCUGAUAAGCAUAUUGAUGAGACUGAGUACGCCUCACCAAGACUGGGUGAGGAUUCAGCCUUUGAAUAUAUAGGCGACAAACCCGGUUCCAUAACUGUUAAUCAAGAUUCUACCAAUGUUAAGUUGCAAAAUGAGAUCUCCAAUCUUCAGUCAGGAGAGAAGUUGCCUGAAAAUAUGUCAAUUCCAAAUAAUUUAGAUACAGUUUGGUUGAGCUCCCACGAGUCAGAAAAAGUAGGAUCAAAUCCUGGAAUGUUCAUUGCACCUGAUUCCAUGGAGUUGGAUGAGCAGCUUGAUGCUGAAAUAUCAAGGCAGAAUGCGGAGAAUGUGGAUCAAUUAAGGCUUACACCAGAUGAGUUAUGCAUUGGUCUGGACACUCAAAUGGCUGCUGAAGCUAUGCAAGAAUUAGUACAUGCAAGUCCUCCAAGGGUUGAUGCUUGUGUCACUCAUCAAGGUUCGAACAACCCACUUUUGAACUCUUCUAAUGUGUUAAAUAAUGAGAGUAAAUCAAAUGGGGCCAGUGUCAAAGUGGCUUUUGUAGAUUGGAUAUGCAAAGAGAAACGCUCAAAAACUAUGAAAAAUUCUUUUUUCCGCGACAGAACUUCAUGUAGGGUGGCUGCAAAACGAGAUAAGAACCAGCUGAAAACUGUUUCUCGACCUCGGGUACGCAAAAGUUUGACGACCAAGAAAUUGAUGGCUGAGGAGCUCUUCAAUGACAGUACAAAAAUGACAAUAAAUGGAAAAACUGCAGCACCUUCGAGAAUCACUCUGCAGCAAGAGGAAUAUGGAAUUGCUGAAAAAUGUAGCUUUAAAGAGUUUCAGAAACUUAAUCGUGCAUGUAGCAGGCGUCCAAAUGAGACUGCUGAUGCUAUCAAGUAUGACCCCCCUGCGAAAGGAAAAAAGAUAAGCAGUAGCUUUCGCAAAGGUUCACAAAAAAGAGAUGUAAGUCGGACCUGCCUGAAGUCAAAUUCUGGUUCAUCUCUUGAAGUGGUUACAGGCACUGCAAAAGACAAAGAAAACUCUUAUCCGGAUGUGGCUAAUACAACUCUCUCAUGGUCAAACCCAUGGGUCUAUCCAAAGGGGAAAAGAACACGUGUGUUCACACCGCACCAUACAGUUAGCUUAAGAAACCAAAGUUUUGCAUUUUCCUCAUCUGAUAUUAAUCUGAAAAAGCUAGCUGUAGAGGAAACAGUAGGCAGGGUGGCAAAGCUUAUAGUCCAGAAGAGGCGGCAGAAAGUGUCAUUAGGGAGGGAACAUGCAGGAAGUUCUAUAAAGUUGGCUAUUGAUGUAAGUUCACCUGUUACUGAUAGUGCAGUUCCAGGGAGAGAAGUAAAGAUUCCUGUUGAAUCUGAUUCCAAUAAACCAGUAAAGCAUAAUGAAACUGCAAAUGAUGCCUUAGUUCACAUGAAAGUAGACUUAUUGUCAAAGGGGCAAUCAGCCAAAAGAAAACGAUUAUCAUUGAGCCCUCUUUCAAGAUCUCCCCUAAUGAAAGAGCUUACGAGAUUGGGUUACCCUGAUUCAAUGCCUGAUUUUCUGCCAAAAGAUUCAAGAAGAAGAAGAGCUACAGAGAAAGUUUGUGUUUUGUUCAGCCAGAACUUGGACACAAGCAAACUUAAGCAGCAGAAAAGGAUUGUAACACGAUUGGGAUUUUCAAUCGCAUCAUGUUCCUCUGAUGCAACACAUUUUGUAGCUGAUAGAUUUGUACGGACAAGGAAUAUGUUGGAAGCCAUUAGUCUUGGCAAACAUGUGGUGACACAUUUAUGGCUUGAGAGCUGCGAACAAGCUGGCUAUAAUGUUGACGAAAAGAGUUACAUCCUCAGAGAUGAGAAAAAGGAGAAAGAAUUUGGUUUCAACAUGCCUGUUACACUCAUGCGUGCCAGUAAGCAACCACUUUUGAAGGGCCGCAGAGUCUUGAUCACCCCAAAUGUGAAACCUGGUCUAGAUGUUAUAAACAGCUUGGUCAAGGCAGUUCAGGGAGAGGUGGUCCAAAGAAUACUGAAAGCCAAAAAGGAUCAGCUGAUUCACAAUGAUGUAUUAAUCCUCUCCUCUGUAGAAGAUUAUACAAUUUGCUUACAAUAUCUCCACAAAGGAGCUUCCAUCUAUGACUCAGAGCUUUUGCUGAAUGGUAUUGUAACCCAGGAACUGCAAUAUGAGAGAUAUAGACUUUUCAAAGAUCGGAAGGAGAAUGGCCAUUGAUCUCUGUAAUCAUUAAGGGCAAAUGGUGAUCAUGUAUUAUAGUAAUAUGUAAAUGGCAAUAUAUCCCAACUCAUAUGCCUGAAUCCACAGGAGGAUCUGAUGUGUACCUCUUUUCAUGCUUAUUAAUGGCUAGUUUUCAGUGUUCAAUUUUGUGAUUAUUAAAAAAAAAUUAACUGACUGAAUUAUUAAUUAAGAAUUUUUUUUCUCAAAA